GGGGUAAGGUCCGAUUAACAGAAGCAAGGGCCUUGGGGUGGUUCGCAAAAAGUUCCUUUCAUAUUGAUUGCCUGUAAAGCUUGGUACCGAAACUACUGGAGCAGCUAUCAACAGUUCAAUUGAUCUGUUGUUGUAUCGCAGGUGUCGGGAUCUCGACCUUGGUUGUCGGGAUCCUUCGAAAGCCUCUGACGGAUUGCUGCUUGGAAUGUAGGACAAGAUUGUCGCGUUGCUGCGAGAAGCGUUGUGCAACUUGCCUUCUUUUAGCAACAUCAAAGGGAGUCUUUCAGUCUUUGCGACCCGCACGAAUGGAAAAGACCAGUGUUCAGUAGCUCUGAUCAAGAGACAAACUUGGUGAAGACCGUUCUAUCGAUGUUUAAGGCGCGAUAAAUGAGUCUGAUUGCUGUCAUGCGUUCCGUUGCUCUGGAGUUGACGUGUGUCGACUCGCAGAUGCUGUGCACCAUAAGCUUUGCAGGAAGCCAUUCCGAUGCAACUGUAGACGAGAAAGACAAUUUAGCCGCGGCGAGCGCCUCUCAGGAGUGCUGGCAGGCCAUAAGCAGUAUAGGCAAAUUCACAGACGGCACAUCUGAAGAUCACUGGUAUAUCGCCGCCAUCAUAUCCAGCCACGAGCGCCCUGCCGUCUUCCGGCCAAUCCUUAAAGGUCGACAAACUUAUAUGGGGACGCCUCCAAAAAGCAAGCAUACGCAGAUCCCCGCUAUCUAAUCUACAAAGAUACCAAAGUUUACCAUGAACGCCGAUCAAAUGCGGAAAAUGCAUGUCAUAGCCAAACGCCACGGACAGGAUCCAAUGUUUACCCUGUCUUCGGCUUCUUGGGCCUAUUAUCAAUGAACGGCCCACUAGGCUUGGGCCUCUUUCUGAUCUUAGGUUUUGCCCGCAU